GCGCCAUCAGUGAGCGCCUUCUCUUCCUGAUGGACGCGGCCGAGACGGCCGAGAAUGCAGCCAACGCAUCGCUGGAUAACGACUGGGACAGGGAGCCCAGCACGCAGUUGUACUACAUCCUCGCCAUGCUCUUACAGGGCAAGGCGGCGGACAAGGUCACCUUGUCCGGGCGAGGGCAGGGGCUCCUGCCCUGGCGGCAGCUCACGGAACAGUACGGGGCCAAAUCGGUGACGCGCACGACAGGAUUGUUCCAGCAGGUGUUGAGUUUCGGGUUCGAGUCGGACGAUCUGCUGCAUGAGCUGGAGCGCUUCGAGGAGAUCAUCCAGCAGUGCGAGCAUGCGCCCAGCAAGCAGGUGGACAAUGAGCUCCGCCCAGGCAUCAUCAAGAGCGUCAAGCUGGAGGACAUCGCGAAGCACCUGGUCAUGAACUCGGACCGGCUCGACAGCUACGACAAGACCCGAGACGAGAUCGCCGGUAUGUACCGGGCCAAGAAGUACCUUGCCCAAGGACCUGUUCCCAUGGAUGUCGGCGCGGUCGACGCCAAGCCGCGCUGCGACAUCUGCGGCAAGACGGGGCACCUUCGACGGGAGGGCGAGGCUACGGUCGGGGCAACGGCGGUGGUGUUGGAGCCGGCACGGGCGACGGUUCCUACUUCAACGGUGAAAGCGGGCACUGGCAUCUGGGGCCGCGCGAGAGCGCAGUGCCGGGAGCUGCGAGCGGUUCGGCCCCAGGAGAGCAACCGUCGCCAGGUCAACCAGGUUGGAGAUACAUCGGGGAGUGCAUCGCAGCUGUGUCCGCCACAACCCCGGUCCGUGCAGUCUCGCGCCGACCGUUCGGCCACCUCCACAUCCUUGGCUUCGACCCAGCAGCUCCACUCACUGCAGCUCUGCUUAUUUGAGAGUCAGGGUGCAGUCGUCUGCGGCUUCCAGGGCGGCAGGCGCGUGAGGGUUGGAGUUGACUCGGGUGCCGGUGUGACGGUGAAGCCGAAGGACCUCUGCAGUGACUGCCCCACGAAGGACGCGCCAGAGUCGAAGGCUGGGUCCGAGUACGUCCCAGCGGGCAGGGGCAGCAAGGGCAUCGUGGACCUCGGCGAGCGGAACUACCACCUCGUCGACAGCGACGGCCAGCACGCGAACAUGAAGGUGCACGUCUGCGACGUCCGCCAGCCGCUGCUCAGCGUCGCGGAGAUGAACGACAUCGGCCUGGACGUCCACUUCUUUGCCGACCGGGAGAAGGGAGCGUUCGCCACCCAUUCCGAGACCGGCUUGAUCGUGAGACCCGGCGCGGGCGUGGCGAAGCUGCAGCGUGAGCCCUUGACUUUGGCUCCGGUGCAGAACCCGCUAGAUUCUCCGCCUGCUGACCCGGCAGGUCGACGGCCAUGUCCAGCGCUGCGCGCCGACUGCGGAUUCCUCGGCGAGAAGGGCGACGUCGAGAAGAUGGAGAGCAGGACGGCCCCGUUCAUUGUCGUCGAGGACGGCCCACCUCCUGCUGGCACGCGCUGGGCGGACGCUCGCGCGGUCCUAAGCAAGGGCGCCCAACCCGAGUACUCGCGCAAGAUCGUGGCCCAUGACAUAAC